CUUGUAGGUACGAGUCGUACGAUAAUCAGGGUAGGGAUGAAAAGACAUAGUGCUACCUUCUCCACUGUAACCUCUGUUAGAGAAACAGCUGUGUAUAAAGUGGACAGUGUCGUUAACUUACUCGUGCAACAGAAGUGCUGCUUUAUCUUCAGCUACAAGGAUCUCCCUGAGGUAAAUGGCACAGUUGCAACUUCACUAAGAAGUUCCGUCAAGAAACAAACUGGUAAACAGGAUUCGUGGCCAGGUGAAAUUACGAUAAACAUAACGUUGUUGAUUUCGUGCGACUGCGGAAAUCCCUGGGACAUGCGGUUUCUUAUAUAAGACAAACACUUGAUAGAAGAUGUUUGGAAGGCUGUCUAAGAGACUGAGAAAAGACUGGAGGAGGGAUGGGAACUGUGUAAUACCCAUUGAACCAGUUGGUAAACGUCAGGUGAUCCAAGAGGAAUCCAUCAGGAAACGCUACGAAAGAGUUGGAGAAAGUUCAUUACGGCUGGAAUAUAAUUUCCCUUUGUUACAAGCUGUUGAUGAACUGAACUAUGAGAAAUGCAAAUCACUGAUCGAGGAGGGUGUCGACAUCAACUGUAGAGACGCCAGGAGUGGUAGCUCAGCUCUUCAUAUAGCAGUAAAGCAUGAUAAUACUCUGAUUCUGCAGCUUCUUUUAGAAAGUGGAGCUGACUGCAAUUUGCAAGAUGAAACAGAGCAAGCUCCCAUUCAUUAUGCAGUUCACAAGAACCAUUUCCAGAACUUCCAGCUGCUGCUUAAUCAUGACAGUUUGGAUAUCAAUAUCAAGAAUAAAGCUGGUGACACACCUCUUCAUAUCGCUGCUAAAGAACAGAGGUACGAGAUGUGUAAGUUAGCCUUGGCACACCCGAAUGUGAAAGUUAAUUACAAAAAUAGAAAAGGAAUGACUCCCUUACAUAUUGCUUCACAAGAAAACUGUGUGGAAAUAAUGCAGCUUCUUUUAGAUUUUGGUGCGGAUUUAAAUAGCAAGGACAACAAUAUAUUUUUGCCACUGCAUUAUGCCGCAGAUAAGGGGUGCAUUGAAGCCUGUGAAGUGUUGCUCUCCUACAGGAACAGUUCUGAUAGAGAGAAACAACUAACAGCUCGCCUAAGAGAUGGAAAGACACCCCUUUUACUUUCAGCCAUGCAUGGUCAUCACAGAUGUUGCAAACUUAUGGAAUCUAAACACAAGUAUUUUAGUGACAAAGGUGGUAACACGGCAUUCCACUAUGCUGUAAUGGGUGGGUUUGAAAAUACAGUGUCCUCAAUUUUAGAAAUGGGUUUUGAUCCAAACGCUAAAAAUAAAAAGGGCAUAGCUCCUGUUCAUUUGGCUUCUGCCAAGAAAAGAACUGCUACCCUCCAAAUCCUGAUUGAAAAUGGAGUCGACUUGCGUAGUAUUGAUAAGCAAGGUAGGACAGUUUUUCAUUUUGCUGCGGAGAAAAACUCUUUAGAAUCCUUAACAAUACUUUUAGAUAAUGCUAACUUGUCUGACUUAAUAAACAAAAUAGAUGACAGUGGUUGUACACCACUGCAUCUUGCUAUUAAGAGGGAUUCUAUAGAAAGUGGAAUGUUGCUGCUUGAAAAAGGUGCUUCAGCUGCAAUUGCAUGUAAUGGAGGAAUGUCUCCUCUUCAUCUGGCAGCUGAUAAAGGAUGCACUAGACUUUGUGAGGUUCUUCUAGCGAGGAAAGACGUCGAUGUCAACCUGGAAAAUGAAUCGAGAGCAACCCCACUCCAUUUGGCCGCACUUCACGGAUCUCUUGAUGUAAUUCAAAUGUUAGUUCGUAAAAAGGCAAAAUUAGCAGCUGUUGAUAAAAAUGGCAGGAAUGCUUUGCAUGUUGCUGCCUCUGUAGGCUCUGUUAAUGCAGUCAAAUUUUUAAUAAAGAAAGGCGUCCCACUGAAAAGUAAGGAUGACACAGGAUCAUGUCCUCUACAUCUGGCUGCAUUUAAAGGGUCUUUGGAAUGCUGCAAAGUUUUGGUCAGCAAUGCUAAAGGAACUUGUUGGGAAAAGGACCACAGUGGAAGUUUGCCAUUAGACAAAGCUUUUAAGGAGUCAAAUCCAACACUGAAUGAAGCCGACAUUACUCAACAUGACAAAGUCUUCCAAUAUCUCUUGUUGAAUAUUUCUUUCAAAGAAGAUAAGGAAAUGACUCAGCACAUACGCAAGUAUAUGGACUUGGCAGUAUUAGAGAAUCGAACGAUUAUUGUUGAUGCUAUUGUGAACAGCGGUUGGUGGUACCAUGCUAUAUCCAGAGAAAAUGGAAAAAGUCUACAUUUCCAAAAACUUAUAGCUGAUUACCCAGAGUUAGCCCUGAAAAUCAUGGAUCACUGCAUUACCAACUCUGAUAGUUCACGUGACGGUGUUACUUAUGAUUUCAGGCUCUUGGAAGAAAAUUACUAUAUUCCAUCAGAUGACGGCUGCGCCACUGAGGGUCCAUUUGAGUCACAAACCCACAAAAUACGACCAGAUGCGCUCGAGUAUACAGAAGAUGAUUUGAAGUGGAAAAGGGAUCACCCUGUUUCAUUUAUGGUAUUGCACCAGCGUCUUUGCAUGCUCGUCCAUCCUCUUAUCAAUAUGUGGCUACUUCACAGGUGGACGUCAUAUAUGUGCGUCAUGGUCUUAGGACAUCUGAUGGUGGAGUUUCUUUUCACCUUAUCCCUUACUCUAUGCAUGGCAGUUAUAGACAACUGGUAUCAUAUGCAAAACAGGUGUAAUAUGACAAAGGAUGAAAUUUGCCGCCUGAAUUAUCAGAACAUGUCAGUCGAAUUAGCAUCACUCCAGGAGAACUUAAUGGACUGUAAUUCUUCUGUGACCUUAAAACGAGGCUGUUGGAUAGCGUUUGCCUUGACAUUAGGAGUGCUACUAGCCAAAGAACUUUACACCUGGUGGAGACUGAAAACUUCAUACUUCUCCUACAUUGAACACAAAAUACGUAUCAUAAGGAUGUUUUUCACCAUGUUUAUUCUGAUAGAGUUUGAGGCCUGUGGAAACAAGCAUAUGGUCUUGCAAGUAUGGAGAUGGCAGUUUGGCAUCAUCGGACUUUUGCUGACUUGGCUGCACUCUCUCAAUACGCUGAACCAAAUACCCAAGUUCUCUAUUUUCAUGCCGGUGACAAGAAGGUUCAUCAAGAGUUUCUUCAUGGUUUUGAUAUACAUAUUUAGUAUUAUGUUUGUGUUUGCUUUCAUUUUUCAUCUUCUUCUAUCAAACCAACCGGCAUUCUCGAGUAUUACUGAAGCUAUGGUAAAAACUACACUGUGGAUGCUGCAAGAUUUAGCCUAUGACAACACUUUCAUAUUUACUGAAAAAUAUCCUCUCCAGUACCCGACACUUAUCAAAUGUUUGUUUCUAGUAUUUGUUACUUUUCUUGGAGGUUUCAUUGCUAAUUUCAUCAUCACCCAACCCUCAAAUCAGUUUGAUAUAUUCAGAGAAAAAGCAUGCUUUCACAGAGCUGAAAAUCGAGUUCAGCUUUUUUUCAAGUAUGAUAUAAUCUUUCCGUAUUUCCGGAGAGUUAAGACAAAGGUUAAAGUAACAGAAAUUGAAGGGAAAAAAAGUCCUCAUGUAGUUUUCAUGAGAAAGUUACUCAUGUUUGAUAAUAAGGAAGACCCAAAACCUAUCUCACAAAUUGAUUUACUCCAGAAAGAUGUAAAAAACCUCAAUGAACAAAUUUCAAGUCUGAUUGCAAUUAAUAACAAGUAUCUUGAAGAAAUGACCGAUCUGAAACAUCAAGUAAGUAUUUUAACGAAAAUUACGAUAAAGUAAAAGAAUAUCUUAAUUAUUUCGAGUGUUUGAUAGUGCGCUUGAUAUUUUAUUCAAGAUUUCAUAGUGGAUGUAACAAUAUCCCAUCUAAAACUUUUCAAAGAUUGCAAAAUUUAUGUAUGUUUCUAGGAUAGAGAACGAUAUAGAGUAGUUGUACAACCCAAAUAAAGAAUAUAUCAAACUAUAAACACACAAAA